GUCGAUCGGCGCGAAAGGAGUGCCUUAAAGGGACAGGCGCGAGCGUGGGGCCCCCGGCCGACAUGGCGGCGGCGCGCGGUCUUCAGCGCACGGAUGAUCUGCACAAAACUCAUAACUCUGCAUCAGCCACAGAUGGACUCUCGGCAGCUUCAUUUAUAGAAUAUCCAAAGUACAAGCCAUUUAUUAAUUCAGAUUUGCUGCGCUCCCCACGGAAACCAGUGAUUCCAUAUCCUGAAAGCAACAGCAGAGCAAUAUUUUCUGCUCUGAAGAACCUCCAGGAAAAAAUUCAUCGACUGGAGUUAGAACGGCUUCAGGCAGAGGAGAACGUAAAACACCUCAGCAGAGAAACAGCAGACUAUAAAAAAGUGCUGAGUGAACAAAUGCAACACAAAGAGCAUGACAAGACUGAAGUGUCAAAGAAAAAUCAAGAACUGGCUUCUCAGCUGGCAGCUGCUGAGUCUCGGUGCAGCCUUUUAGAGAAACAGCUGGACUACAUGAGAAGAAUGAUCCAGCAUGCAGAAGAUGAGAAGUCGCAUCUCUUGGAGAAACAGGGUUCGUUGGAGAGAGAUCGGCUGCUUGAUCAAUCACAUGUUCAGUCUAAGUUGGAAAAGCUGGAUAUGCUGGAAAAAGAGUACAGCAGACUUACUACCAUGCAGUCCAUAGCAGAGAAAAAAAUGAAAGAGCUGGAACAGAAGCUUCAGGAGGAAGAACACGCGAGGAAGCUUGUCCAGGAAAAAGCAGCUGAGCUUCAGACAGGCCUGGAAACCAACAGACUACUGAUUCAAGCAGCAUCACCAUUGCUUUCUCCAAAAGCAAGAAAGCCCAGGAAGAAAACUAAGCAGCCAGAGAAGAAAUGCUCUCAUACAAGCCAUCUCACUACGCAGCCCCAUUACAGACUGUGUCUGGGUGAUGUACCCUUUGUAGCUGGGAAGUCUACCAGUCCCAGUCAUUCAGUUGGUGCCAACGUGCAACAUGUCCUACACCUGAUGAAACAGCACACGAAAGCUUUGUGUAACAGUCGUGUGGUAAAUGAUACUCCACUGGCAAAAUCUAUCAGUACUGGUCAUCCUGCCAGCAAAAGCAGAAAGUCAUCUCUGCCAAAGGAGUCUUCUUCAUCCCAGGAAGAGCUCUCAGAAGUGUUGCUGACACUACAAGAUGAAUUUGGACAGAUGAGUUUUGAUCACCAGCAGCUGUCAAAGCUUGUCCAGGAAGCCCCAACCAUUGCUGUGAGGGAAGAUCUAGAGAGGGAACUUGAGGUGCUGGUGGGAAAGAUGGAAGCAAAGGCAGACCAGAUCAGCAAAGUCCGGAGGCAUCGGUUGCAGCUAGAGAGACUUAAAAGAGAAUGCAAGUCCAAAAAGACUUCUGCUAAACAAAUAAAAGACAGCAGGUUCCCCGUGAGUGAGGUUAAAGUAACAACUACAGUAACCACAAAGGGAAAGAAUGCUGGUCCCAUCAAGGUGAAACCUGGAGAGAAGAGUCGGAAAAAUCUUCAGUUGUUGAGAGACAUGCAGACCAUACAGACUUCGCUACAGAAAGACGAUAUCAGCUGGGACUACUGACUCUACUGCAGGAGAUGUUCUCAAACCAUCCCAGUCAAACUUUCUCCCAUUCUGGAUAUGAAGCAGCUGCCUUUCUUGCUGUGUGAAAGAGACUACUGGAUGUGAAGUGCACUUUUGAAAUACGAGCCCUUAACUCUCCAUCCCUGAGUGUGAUUGUAUAUAUUAUGGUCUAGCUUAAAAGACAUUUCAUUUUUAAGGUACUCAGCCACCAAAUCUAAACGUAGGUCUCCACCAGUUCCUUUCGUGUUAUGGCUCCAGCAGUCCCUCCAGUUUCAGCACACCGAGCACCAUGGGUUGGUGUGUGUGAAAUGCCAGUGCGAUUUCACGCUGUUGUUGAACUGUGCAGUGGGAGGCUUCUCAUGAUGCGUCUUGUUUGAAAAUGAUGCUGUGACCUGAAGUCUGAAGGGCUUUUCCCAGUUCUGUUGUGCGUGCAGCUGCAGUUACUCGAGCCCUGAGAGAGUCUUAAGGGAGAACAGGUAAACCCUUGGAAAGGUGUCCUGCGUAGCUCUCCUCAAAAAGCUUUCCUAGUUCUUGUUCUGCUGCAUUGCAUUACUCAGCAUUAAUGGCAGGGGAUGUUUGAGUACUCAAAAAAGGAGCAAAAUAGUUUUUCCAAAUUAUUUUCCUUAAUAAUUCAUUAAAUUCAAGUCUAAAGAGGGAAAUUUUUCUUCACAACUGUACUUUAUGAAGAAGCAAAAGGACAGGGAAUAAUAACCCAUCUCCUAGUCUGCAGCUUUGGGUGGUAAAGGCAUGAGAUAAACCACAAGUGUUUUAAAUUGCAAGUGCCUCAAUCAUGCCGUUCAGCCCUGGCAUCUUGCUUUUAACUUUAAAUAUGUGCUUUGAUGAGCUAUCUACUUCAGUAGUGGUGCAAUUUGAUUUGCACUCUGACUUGCACAGCUGAGUAAAUGUUAUUUAUUAUGUUAAUAAUGUAAAGAAUUUCCGAUUAAUGGAAUGUACAGAAGACCCGGACUACCCAUUUAUACAGCUGAGAAAUAAAGCCAGCUUGCCUGUUGAAUGAGUUGUGGGAAAGCUGCACUUCUCUAAAUUACCUCAGUGUUUGCAGCACUGUGCCCCCUCCAGUGUGCUUUCUGUGGUGACGGGAUGUCCUCCUGGUCAGGGAGGUGAAUGUGAGCCGCUGGCAAGCUGCGGUUAAGGUGAGGGACAGGGUUGUCCACCCUUGCCUGUAGCUAAUGGACGGGGAACUGUAGGGUCAACACAGGCAGAAGGGAUUUCGGCUAUCUGUAGGUGAUCCACCUUGCUUGUCUUCUUGCAUCUGAGGCACAGAAAGCUUUAGAGAAGCUUUAGGGGAGAAGGCAGAAGCUGUUAUCCAGGCCUGGCACCCCCCUUAACUUUGUUUAUGUGAGGGACAUGGGCUCUGUGUAGCUGGAGUAACCCCUUGGAGAGCAGCUCAUCCUGGAGGUUCCUAAAGACCGGAGCUGAAAGUACACUUGGUAAUUUCGCUUGGGAAGAGCCUCUGGGGACGAGCUUGCUCAAAGAUGGGUUAAUGUCAGCAUUACCUCAGGCUGCCUUAGAUGAGUUGAUGAUGCAGCUCCUCAGUGAUGGAGGGCUUAGGACUAUUUUAGGCUCCCUAUGCGCUGCAUACAGUGAAUGAGGUGCCCACGUUGGCAUUAAGCCUAGUAGGGGUGAGAGCAAGGAGCAGGCAUUGAUGCCAGAUCAUCCAUGAAUUUGGGCUUAACAGGAGUUACGUAGAAAAAUGCGAAUAUUCCUUUUACACAGACGUUACUGUGGUAAUGAACUGUAGAGUGCAGAAAUUAUUUGAUUUUUUUUUAAAUUGUGAAAGUAUUUUUGUAAUAUUGAGCAGCUAAACACUGUAUCUGUAUUAAUACUGGUCUGUAUAGGAUAAGAGAAACUUGUCCAGAGAUGAAUUUUGUUUUCCUGUCACUCUAAAUCUCAGAGUUUGAACAUCAGCAUCUUCCAAGACCAUCUGUAUAAGAAUGAGAGAGAUUUAC